UGUGGAUACUAAUAAAGACAUCUUUCAUAUUGAGUCUAUGAAUCAGUAAUAAUAAGUCCUCCAAAAAAAUUCCCAUUGGGGAUUCACAAAUCUGACAAAUUCUUCUUGUGUCAGCUUAGUCCAAAAAUACCCUCAACCCUGCAAAUUCCCUUAAAAAAAUCUUACUGUAAAACUUAAAGUCACCAUUAAUGGUGAAUCAAGAAAGUCAAUCUUAAGAAUUUUCCCAUUUUUGAAGAAGCAUAGUCAUAAAGAUUGAGUCUUUUGAGUUUUCUGAGGGAAAAAAAAAACAAUCUUUAUCAGAAAUUAAUGGAGCUGAUACCUUAUUCAGACCCAAAAUCUGAAUCAAGUGUUGUUAAUCCACCUUGGCAAGAUAUGUUUAGAUCAGCUUCAAUGAGGAAACCAGAAGAACCAAAACCCCAGAACAAGGUUCCUUCAGAGGCUCAGCCAAGAAAAGAAAAUGACCCAAAUCAAGAUUCAGUGUCUGCUGACCCUCAGGUGAGACUAGCCCUUUAUAUAGCUAUGGCUCAUGCUGGACUUGUAUUCACAUUUUUCAUUAUUUAUGGUGUUGGUAAAUUGCUUGAAGAGUAUUUGAGAGCUAUGUUAUGGGCUGUGCUUUGUUCAAUUCCAUUAAGGGGAAUUCAACAAACCCUUGUUGCAUUUUGGUCUGAACCUUUAAAGUUAGGUCUUACUGAGACUAUUUUAGCUGUCCCUGUAGCUGUUUUCAGUGUUUUUCUAGGGACCCUUGUUGAUAUUAAAGAGAAGAUUUCUAGGGUUGUUCUUAGGAGGCCUAAAGGUAACUCGACGAGGCGUCAUACGAGUGGAUUUUUCGUGUUGUUGAGGUGGCUUAUGUCUUUUGGGGUGUUUGUGAUUGCUUAUGAGCAGAUUGGUGGGAUUGGAUCAGUUGCACUUCUUGCAUUGGGAUUUAUGUUGACUGCUAAUAGUGUGGAUUCAACUAUGAAUGCAGUAACAUCUUUAAGAAGUCAUAGCUUUCGUAGGUUCGCUAUUACUGCUUUCUUUACUAGAGGGAUAUUGAAGAAGUUGAAGACAAUUGUGGCAAUUGGGUUGAUUGUUGGAUUGAGUGUGGGUUCUUUGGCAGGUAUGAUUUUCUUCUCGUAUAAGAUUGGUAUGGAGGGGAAAGAUGCUGUUAUUGCAUUGAAAUCCCAUGUAGAGGAGAGUAACUAUGCUGAGAAAAUCGGUGUUAAGCAGUGGAUGGACGAAAAUGAUGUCCCCGGGAUGGUGGAUAAGUACACAUCUCAAGUGUAUGAGACAGUAUUUACCCAGAUAGAUGGUUAUGCUAUGCAAUAUAAUAUGACGGAGUUUGUUUCUGGGAUAAAACAUUUUGUAAUAGUUCCUGCAAAUAACACAUUUAAUCAAUCCACGGCUUUGGCAUCCCCCUCUCCUUAUGCAGAGAAAUUCUUAAGCCUGAAAAGGAGGGUUAAAGAUCGUGAAUGGGCACAAAUAUAUGCAGAAGUAGAUGUGAUGUUCAGGGAACUUCUGAUCACUAGAGAGGACUUGGUUGAGAAAGCCAAAGGGUUCGCUCUCCAAGGAGUAAAUGUAAUGCAACGGAUACUGGUUAGUAGCACAUCUGUUUUAGGUGGAAGCAUGAAGGUCGUGUUCUUGAUUGGGAAUUCCAUAGUUUCGGGUGCUGCUGGUCUUUUUAAUUUUGUAUCUCAGCUAAUGGUAUUCAUUUGGGUACUUUAUUAUCUCAUCACAUCGGAUUCUGGUGGAGUAACAGAACAGGUCAUGUCUAUGCUCCCUAUGUCACAUUCCGCAAGGAGGCGAAGUGUUGAGGUUCUUGACAAAGCUAUUUCUGGGGUUCUUCUAGCAACUGCUGAGAUUGCACUCUUUCAGGGGUGUCUAACUUGGCUCUUGUUCAGAUUAUUCUCCAUCCAUUUUUUGUACAUGUCAACAAUCCUCGCAUUUCUUAGUCCUUUGUUUCCUAUUUUCCCAUCACUGUUUUCAACCAUCCCAGCUGCUUUACAGUUGGUGCUUGAAGGUCAGUAUGUAUUGGCCAUCAGCUUAUCGAUUAUACAUCUCAUACUUAUGGACUAUGGUACAUCCGAAAUUAUGGAAGAUAUACCUGGCUAUAACGCGUAUCUCACUGGUCUCAGCAUUAUUGGAGGAAUGACAUUGUUCCCUUCUGCAUUUGAGGGAGCAAUAAUGGGACCACUGAUAACUACUGUUGUGAUCGCGAUUAAAGAUUUGUAUGUUGAGUUUGUAUUGGAAGAACAGAAGGAAUAAGUAGAACAAAUCUGUGUUUGCAAUGCCUUAACCUUUGAAGACAUUGAAAAGAACCCCCUAUUACUUUCUUUGAUGGAAAAGCAUUGCAAGAUGAAGUGAAUUUUUUUUUCUCCCAGUCAACUGUUGUUUGUUUUCUACCUGUGUUUGAGGAUUUUUUUUUCUUCUCAGAAAAAGCUGUUUAUAGUGUGCAGAAGUUUGGUAAAUUAUUAAAAUUGGAG